AUGUCAUUGAUUGAUGUUUGCUCUGUGCUGCUGCCUGGAGGUAAACUCUUUGAAAUAGCAAAUGUCUAUGAACCAGACAGAAAUGUGCUGCGGAGGAAAGAAUGGGAAAGGAGAAAUCAGGAAACACAGCAGGAAGAUGGCACAUUUAACACAAGUUACUCCCUCUUCAGUGAACCAUACAAGACUAAUAAGGGGGAUGAGCUCUCAAAUCGCAUCCAGAAUACAUUAGGCAACUAUGAUGAAAUGAAAGAUUUACUGACUGAUCGAUCCAACCAGAGCCACCUUGUUGGGGUUCCAAAACCAGGGAUCCCACAGGCAUCUGUAGCUAAAGCAGAUGAACAUUUCAUUACAGACUCAAGACCACAGUCCCAGCCUUCCAUCAGCACUUCAUCCUCCAUACCAGCAGCAUUAUGUGGACAGAACAAGAGCACCACAAUGGGUUGGCAAAAAGUUGGGCAAAAUGCUUCUGAUGGCCAGCAGAGGACAAGCAAGCAUGGCCACAGAUUACUUGAGUCACACAACAGUGACUUCAAAAUUACUAACCAAAAAUCCAGUCUAGAAAAGCUAAAACACUAUGCAUCAAGUCCAACAUCCUCUGCCUCCAAUGCUACACAACCAGGUACUUUAAGAUCCACACUUGGAGACAGUGUCAGCAGAGUGCAACAGCAGUCAAAAAUAAGUUGCAAUGCAGAAGUUGGACCUCAGGCUCAAGAAAGGCCAACAAAACAUACCACUGGGCAUUGUGUUCAAAACUUUCCUCCUUCACUUGCUUCAAAGCCCACUAUAGUGCAGCAGAAACCAACAGCUUAUGUAAGGCCAAUGGAUGGACAAGAUCAGGCUCCUGAUGAAUCCCCAAAGCUAAAAUUAUCUGCAGAAACUAACAAGCACUGUACAUCAUAUAGGGGAGUUCCUUCUAAUAAACCUGACUCAACUAGAACCAAGUCUAAGAUUGCAAAAUUUAGCAUUCCCAAGCAAGAAGAGGUGUUUGAGAAGCGAUGA